AGACCCAGGCGCAACGCGCGAUAAGUACUCCGGGUGUGACGUCAAAAGCAAUUAUUUCGUCACGCUGACGCUGUGUAAUCAUACCGGUCGGAGCUUUUACGUCCGCACACUACCCUUCGAUAUCUUAUAACAACAGUGAGGAAUCGCGGUAGCUGGCUACAGAAAGCAGAGUGAGUGCAUGGGCCUGUAGCCAUCGAUUUACCCCGGGUGUUGCAGCAAAAAGGCUUUACCGGUGACUUGUGGUCAUGAAGAAUUGGCUGGCCUUACUCCCCUGCGCCUACCUUGGUAAAGACAGACAGGAGCCAGACUAUGUAAAAGCAAAGAGAGAUGUACUUCGGUUGAAGUUCAACUGGCUGUUUCUAGUGUUGGCUUCUACAGUGAGGGCUAUCAAUUACACCUGUGUCAUACCCACCAAUCACCAGUUCAUCAUCAACCCCACCACCAAGACUCUCAAUAUUACAAACGAGAACAUAGAGCCUGGCUUGGAACAGAGUGAAACCUUCUACUCCCUCACCUAUGUGGUGCUGUUUUCUACCUUUACCAUAGCAGCAAUUGGUACUGGACUUCUCUUCAACCACGUACCAACCUGGUACCUGUUCAUGUUCUCAACACUCUCUCAUACUCUGGGCUACCUCCUGUAUGCACUGGCCACCAAUGGCUGGCUAAUGAUACUGGCUCGUGGUCUGGCUGGUGUGCAGCUUGCUGCUAGUACAUCCCUAGUGUUCGCCUACUGCUCUGUGAGCUUUGAGAAGUACACUGAGAAUCUGAAGAUACUUGGAAAAUAUGAGAAGAAAGAGGCAGAGAGAGUAAAGGGAUAUAUUUUCAGCUUGUUCAUUGUCGGAAAUAUGCUUGGAUAUGCAAUUGGAAUUGGUUUCCCAGUAAUCCUGGCACAGUUUCCAAACACUCCUCAGUUCAGACCUCCUGCGUGGUUCUGUGUAGCUGUUGGUGUAGCACUGUUACUGCUACAGUUUCUUCUCUUCCACGGAGAGAGUACCUGGCACUGCUCCAGAGGCCAUUCAAAGAAAACGCUAUCUAUUAGAGGACACUGGUCUAAGAAAAAUGUUACUUUCUGUCAGGUAUUUGUACCACUUUAUGUGAUGUUUGUUGGAGGGGUGAAAGGAGUACGCUAUGUUUUGCCUGAAGUCUUGGUGAAUCCAAUCCUGAGUGAUUCAUUUGGGUUUUCUGAUGAGAAAACUUCACUGUUUCUCCUUAUCAUUGUCUUCAGUGUCCCUAUUGGAACAAUAUUACUUUACACACUUCAGUAUUUCAAGGUGAAAGGCUAAGUCUGACAGUGGUGGGACUGACAUGUACGAUCACAUCACUGCUUAUAAUGACAGACUGGCAGGCCAUUGGCAGCGAUCCUUGCACAGAGCACAGUCUGUUCCACCAUCCACAACUGGCUGACCAGUACAGACUAGAGCUAGCAGAGUCUAACAUCUCAGAGUCUGGGAUGGUGAGUGUCCAGAGUCUUCAAGUGGUGGAGGGAGAAGUGUACCAGAUGGCAGUCAACAGGUGUGAGUCUGCAGGGGAACACUGUCACUGGAUACCCAACUCCCUAGUGACUGGCAAACACUGCAGUGACUGUCAGCCAAUCUGUAGAAGCACUAGACACACUCUCAACUUCGUCCAGUUCACAGUUGGUUUUAGUUUCUUCCUCUCCACUGCAUCACUAAUGUAUAUUGGGGUGUUCAUCUUGGUGGCAAACUCUGUGACCAAACAACUUCAGGGAAUAAGUGCUGGUGUGACCACAGCUCUGAUGGGAGUUGCGAGAGGUGUUGUUCCUUUGAUAAUGGAUGUUGUGUAUGAGCAUGUACAGAAGCGGACUUACCUGGUGAUGCUGAUUCAAGUGGGGUUGUUCCUAUCAUUACUGAUUGGAUUGCUCUUCCUCUAUCCCUGGCUGGCAGGGAGUCGUAAGAUUGACUACUCUCAAGAGAAUCUGGAACAGAUGGAGGAGGAGGAGGAGACAACUGGACUAAUGACAGAAAACGCAGAGCAGUAGAUAUGCUUGUUGCUUGUUUCUUUCCUUUUUCGUACUUUGAUAUAAUCCCCUUCGUUUUGAAGAAAUGGUGUUUCUACUUGUUUAAUUUAUGUACUUAAAAUGGUUAGAUUGCAAGUCA